UUUCCACCACUCCAUCCCAGCAGACACUCAGGAAGAAGCAGGAUCUGUUUUCCUACCAUCAGCUGUACUCGAGCUUUAUUACAAGACUGAAAUAAUCUCUUUGUUUCUGCUCAAAGACUGAACCAGCUGCUGUUCCUCGCUGCCUGAAGGAGCCAUGGCCUCAGAUAUCAUACAAGUGGCUGCUCUGGGUCGACCUUUCACCUUAGGGAUGCUCUACGAUGCUCGGAGAGACAAACUGAUCCCAGGUGUCACACUGUGGGAUGCUAAAACGCUGCAGGAGAAGUCAGUGGAGAAAAAUCAUCACAGCAGUAAGUUUGAGUCUGAUUCCAUUGAAAACAAAUCCUCUCAGCUGGAUGUUAAUGGUUCACUGAAGGCCAGUUUCUUUGGUGGACUCAUUGAAGUUGGAGGAUCAGCCAAAUAUCUGAAUGAUAAGAAGAAAUCUCACCAUCAGAGUCGAGUCACCCUUCAGUACAAAGCUACCACCAAAUUCAAACAGCUGAUGUUGACUCCUGAUGAAACCAAGAACACUCAAGAAGCAGUAAAUGUGAAGAAUUUGGCGACACAUGUAGUCACAGGAAUCCUUUAUGGAGCAAACGCUUUCUUUGUGUUUGACAGUGAGAAGUUAGAUGGUAGCAGCAUUGAGAACAUCCAGGGCAGCAUGCAAGCAGUGAUAAAGAAGAUCCCCUCAUUUAAUGUUGACGGGAAAGUUGACAUCAAGCUGAGUGAUGAAGAAAAAGCUGUGACUGAUAAAUUUACCUGCAAAUUCUAUGGAGACUUCAUUCUUGAAAGCAACCCUGGAACAUUUGAAGAUGCAGUGAAGACAUACAUCCAACUUCCAAAACUACUGAGAGAAAACAAAGAAAACUGUGUUCCACUGAAGGUCACACUGAUGCCUCUGAAGAAAUUAGAUCCAGAAGCUGCUGAGGCAGUGACUGAGAUCAGGAUUGGACUUGUUAUAAAGGCUCAAGAUGCUCUGAAGGACCUCUAUAAUCUGGACAUACGCUGCAAUGAUCUGCUGGAGGACAGAGUGGGGAGAAGCUUUCCACAGAUACAAGAAAAACUGAGCAGAUUCAAGAAGCUCUGUGAGUAUUUCAGAUCUUCACUCCAGAAAACAAUGGCCAAGAAACUUCCCUCCAUCAGGGCAGGUGAGGAAGAUGAGCAGGAAUUAGUGAAAGUGUUUGAUGACAGAGACAAGUCCCCGUUCAGUCAGGAGAGAUUAACCAAGUGGAUCGAAGAUGAAGAGAGAGAAGUCACCAUCAUCAGGUACUUUGUAGACAUGAUGGAGGGAACAAAGAUCAUCUCAGAUCAGUCUGAGCUGGACAGAGAGGUGUUUAAUCCAGGAGUAGAGGAAGUUCUCUGCUUUGUUUUCACCUCCCUGAAAUCCACUGACCCAUAUCUGCAGAACAUGUCUGACUACUUGGAGAAAAAGAAGCUGGAAGGUACUGAUGGUAACACUCCACCUGCCCAGGACCAAUGGUAUCGCUCAGAUGAAGUUAGAGCCAAAAUGAAAGAAAAGGCAGAAGCUGUGAAGAACUGCAGCAGACUGUUUAUAACAGCCAUAGAAAAUGACAAAUACAAAGGAGCAACUAUCUACCACUACAGGAACACAAACCUGGUCACUGAUGAUUUCUCAGGACCUGAUGUCACUGAUGUGGAAAACAUAACUAACAGAGGAGUCCUGAUGUGGUAUGCCUGCAAGCUCAUCCUGGAUCCAAACACAGCAAACAACAACCUCAUCCUGUCUGAAGGAAACAAGAAGGUGAUAAACGGAGAGUCGCAGUCGUAUCCCGACCAUCCUGAGAGAUUUGAUGUUUGGCCUCACAUUCUGUGCAGAGAGGCUCUGACUGGGCGCCAUUACUGGGAGGUGGAGCUGAAUAUGAACAAAGGGUGGUGUCCAAAUUCAGAGGCUGCAUCCUCCUGAGGACGCAU